UAGUCUUGCAUGCAAAGGCUUCCCAGGGUUGUCUUAGUAGAGGCUUAGCUUCUUAGAGAAAACUUUGGUUCCUGAUUCAUUUUUUAUCUCUCAGACAGCAGGAGGAAUCAGCAGUGGAAAUGGGUAAGGGUGAAGACUUCGAGCUCCUCAAAAUCCAGACCCACAUCCUGAAGGUGAACAUACAUUGUGAUGGAUGCAAGCUUAAAGUAAAGAAACUCCUCCAUAGAACUGAAGGAGUCUUCUCAGUAAGCAUAGAUGUAGAACAGCAGAAGGUCACAGUUUCAGGAAAUGUGGACUCUGAAACUCUGAUCAGGAAGCUGAUCAAAGCACGUAAGCAUGCAGAGCUAUGGACUCAAAAGAUCAACCAGACUCAGCAGCUCAACCAGCAAAAGCAGCAGCAGAAGAAAGUAGCCAACCCCAUGAAGGAUGCCAACAAAAACAAUAAAGAACAAGACAAGCAAGGCCUCAUGCGAGGCCUCAAAGCCUUCAAAAACCAGCACAACAAGCUUUCCCCAUCCAGCUCUGAUGAGGAAGACUUUGAUGAUGAUGAUGAUGAUGACGAUGAGGAUGUAGAUUAUGACGAAGAAGAAGAUGAUGCUGAUAUGCAAAAUCUUGAGAGUAAGAUGAAGCAAACUAAUUUCAUGAGGCAGGCAAACAACGCCCCAACCAACGCAAAGCAAAGUGGGAAUGGCAAUGGAAAAGCUGGUGCAAAUGCCAAAAUUGGAUGCAACAGGAAAGGGGGAGAAAAUGCUAACCAAAACCACAUCAAAAGUCCAAAUGAGUCACAACAAAAAGGCACCAAUGCUGCAGCUAACAAUAGGGUGGUCAAUGGCAAUCCUAAAGUUCAGGGCAACAAUGGGGUGAUGGGUCUUGGCCCCCCUGGGCUUGGUGGAACCAAUGGAUGCUUGCCAGGAAAUGCUUUCAAAGGCUACACAGGACACCCACCACAAUGUGGGGGUCAAUACCAGUCUCCAGUGACGGUGAACAUGCAGGGCUACCAGACCCAUCCAUCAUCAUCCAUGGUGAACAAUUUGAGAGGGCACAACAUGGUGGUGCAUGAAAGCAGAUACAUGCAGCCUCAGAUGAUGCACCUCAGGACCUCUCAGAUCUCCCCCUACGCUGGUUACUACAACUGCUACCCAAGCCCUUACUAUCUCAGUAACCAAGUUGAUAAUGGUUAUUAUGGUACCCAUCUUUUCAGUGAUGAAAACACUAAUGCUUGUAUUAUCAUGUAAAAAGAAGGUAUGUAGGAUAUGGGAUCAAGUGUUGCUGUUAUGGUUUUCUCUAAGUGGUGACUCAG